AAUUAGGUAACUAGCUGACAGCUCCUUGAAAGAAGAUAACACUUGAAACAAAAGCAAAAGCUCAUUCCUUCUUCCUCACUCAAGACAAUACAAAGGAGAAAUCGUCAUUAUUACACACGCUGUCAUAGAAAAACCCACCAACACCUUGCAAGGAAGAGAUGCGAUCUUCAAAGUGCACUGCUGAAAGGAAGAGGCAAGCAACAAAAAAAUGCCCCCAGAGGUACCUCAUUACCGUUCCUUUGCAACUCCUUUAGUUAAGUUUUCAGCUCCAAGCUCACCUGAAGCAUAUAUCACUCUGCCCAUUGGCCGCAAAUAUUUCAGAGGAAAGAAAACUAUGAAAAUUUCUGCAAGAAAAAUCAUACCUCUGCUUGUUUUCAUUUUAUCAACCAUCUCUAUCCUUAGACUUCUUAGACUUGCAACCACUACAUCUUCAGCUCCUCCGCUGCCUGCUCUGCAGCACACAUGUUAUUCUCUCUCUCCAAAAUGCACCAACGUUUCAUCACAUGUGCCUGGCAGUCAAACCACUCAACAAAAAACCUAUGCCAAUUCAACCACUCUCAUGAAAAAGGAAUUUAAACUUCUAUCUAAUCUCAUUAGACAUAAAGCCCCCUGCAACCUCCUUAUUUUUGGCCUUGAGCCCCAGUAUCUAAAACUCUCCUCAAUCAACUCAGGUGGCAUCACUGUCCUUCUAGAGGACAAUCCUGACAGGAUAAGUGCAAUCAGAGCAAAAUCCAACAGUACUCAAAUCUACAAGGUUGACUAUCAUAUACCUGCAAAGAAAGCUUACAAACUGCUCAAGCAUGCAAGAAAAAGUCCAGCUUGUGCACCUAGUGCAGGAAGGCUUCAAAAUUCAACAUGUAAACUUGCCUUAACAAAUUUACCACAAGAAGUAUAUAAGCAGAAAUGGGAUGUAGUGGUGGUGGACGGACCAAGUGGGCACUCACCAGAGGCCCCAGGCAGGAUGGCUGCAAUCUACACAGCUGGUAUAAUAGCAAGAGCUGGAAACACAACAGACGUAGUAGUACAUGAUGUGGAUCGAACAAUUGAGAAGUGGUUUUCCUGGGAGUUCCUAUGUGAUGAGAACUUGGUUUCAUCAAAGGGAAAGCUCUGGAAUUUUAGGAUCACAGGUAAUUCAAAUUCUACAAGGUUUUGCACAGACUGAUGCUUUAAUUUCUGAGGAGAUCUCACAAAGAGUCAAGUCCCAUCAUUUCAUGAACAUUCUUCGCUGUGCCCAAGUACAUAAUGAAAGCCAAGUAUUCAUAUGCCACAAAUUUUUUCGCAUGAGCGCCAAGAUAAUUCCAGUCAAGGGACAAGAUCCGCAAAAUAUCAAGUUAAUGCCAUGCAUUAGGGAACAAUUCCAAGAACAAAGUAUAUAGCUACAUAUAAUCGUGUAAAUCCAUAUAGAAAAAUACUUUCAGCCUUGAACCAUAUGCUGCUUUAUCAUUUUUUGUAAGUAGAUUUAUGCACAGAGUAGGAUCACUGAGAAUUGCAUAUUGUUAACAGGUUUGUCAACAAAAGGACCGUCUUUUAAGAAGAAUACCAGUUUCUUGUAUUGUACAA